AUGAUAAAAAUAGCCUUCGCCCGCGCGGCCGCCCAGGCCGGCGCCUCAGCAGUUGGAGCCGGAAGAGGAUGCUGCGUCAACACCAUCCCAACCAUCUCAGCCGUCACUGGCGCCAGCGCCACCCUCAUGGCCCGAAGACUCUUCUCUUCCGCUUCUGCCGCUACUCCUUCGUCAACAACAACCAACACCGUCCCUCCGGUUGUUUCUACAGUCCCGCUCGUCUAUGAUCUUCAUUCACCGGAGAACCCUACGGUGCCGAAUAAGGAGACUCAGCCCAUCAUUUUCAUCCAUGGACUUUUUGGCUCAAAGAAAAACAACAGGAGUAUCACCCGUGACCUAGGUCGUCAUAUCUUCGCUAUUGACCUCCGCAACCACGGCGAAUCCCCCCACGACCCCCGCCAUGAUUACACCGCCAUGUCCGAGGACGUAGCCGCCUUUAUCCGUUCCCACGGUCUCAAAGACCCCACCCUCAUCGGGCACUCCAUGGGCGCCAAAGCCGCCAUGACCGUUGCCCUCACGCAUCCGGACCUCGUGCAAAAUAUCAUUUCCGUCGACAACGCGCCGGUAGACGCCCGCUUGCAAUCGUCCUUUGCUCGGUACAUCCAAGGCCUGAAAAAGAUUGAAGAAGCCGGCGUCUCCUCCCUCAGCGCAGCCGACAAGAUUCUCGAGCCCUACGAAAAAGAUCUAGUCGUACGCCAGUUCCUUCUGGGCAACUUGCACCGGCCCCGUGUCGAUCCCGGUGGAAAGCCGAGCCCGACGCUGCAGUUCAGGAAUCCGUUGGGGAUUAUUGGCAAGAGUUUGGAUCACAUGGGUGAUUUUCCCUUCAAGGAUCCGCAUAGGGUCAGGUUCGGUAAACCCGCGCUGUUUGUCAGGGGCACAAAGAGCCAUUACGUGCCGGAUGAGGUGAUCCCGCUAAUUGGGCAGUUUUUCCCGCUGUUUGAGCUGGUGGAUGUUGAGGGCGGGCAUUGGGUUAUUUCGGAGAAUCCAGAGGCUUUUAGGCAGGCUGUUCUAAAGUUCCUCGAGCCCAAGGAGUAA